AUGGUAGAUAUUGAAGUGUUAGUUUACGUUUAGGCUUGUAACUAAAAAAUAUCUGAAAAGAUGAGGAGAAACCUCCACAUCUUGCGUCUCCUUCUCCCUUUUGUUUUGGUGUGUCAGUUCAAAAGCAUUUUGGGAAAAACGAGCUGCUGUUGGAGCCAAAAAUGGCCUCCUCCUCCGCCACCUACGAGCCCAUCAGUACCUACGAGGCCAAUGCUCGUCGCUCGGGUGAUGUUGAGUUAGCGCUCUCUUCUGCAAAGCCUAUCACCCAUCACCCGCAACAGCCCCGCCUUCUUUCUUUAGAUGUCUUUCGCGGCCUCACUGUUGCGCUAAUGAUCUUGGUUGAUUAUUGUGGGGGAGUUGUGCCUGCUAUUAACCAUUCCCCAUGGAAUGGUCUAACACUUGCUGAUUUGGUCAUGCCAUUUUUCCUCUUCAUUGUUGGCCUCUCCCUUGCUCUCACUUACAAGAACCCCCCCUGCAAAGCUGCUGCAACUACCAAAGCCCUACUCCGCACACUCAAACUUCUUCUCUUAGGCCUUUUACUUCAAGGUGGCUAUUUGCAUGGCCUAAAUGAUCUAACUUAUGGAGUUAAUCUUCAGAAUAUGAGAUUCAUGGGUAUCCUGCAGAGAAUAGCAAUGGCAUAUUUAGUAGGUGCAUUGUGUGAGAUUUGGCUCAAAGCUGAUGGUCAUGCAAAUUCAUAUUCAUCUCUAUUCAGGAAAUAUCGAUUACAACUGGUCAUGGCUUUGGUGCUCACUAGUACAUAUCUUUGCUUGUUAUAUGGCUUGUAUGUUCCUGACUGGGAAUAUCAGAUUCCAGAUGAAGCCUCUUCCUCUGUUCUAAAAAUAUUUUCAGUGAAAUGUGGAGUACGGGGUGACACAGGACCAGCUUGUAAUGCUGUUGGACUUGUUGAUCGUGCAAUAAUGGGGAGUCGGCAUCUAUAUAAGAAGCCAAUCUAUGCAAGAACCAAGUUAUGCAGUAUUAAUUCUCCAGAUUAUGGUCCACUGCCUGCUGAUGCUCCUUCAUGGUGUCAAGCCCCAUUUGACCCUGAAGGAAUUUUGAGUUCAGCAAUGGCCAUAAUUACCUGCUUGGUUGGUUUGCAUUAUGGGCACAUUAUUGUCCAUUUUAAGGAUCACAGAGAUAGAAUCUUUCAAUGGAUGUUUACAUCUACUUGUCUUAUUGGCUUAGGCCUGGCCUUGGACUUCUUAGGAAUGCAUGUCAAUAAAGCUCUAUAUACUUUCAGUUAUAUGUCUGUCACUGCCGGUGCCGCUGGCAUUCUUUUUGCUGGAAUCUACCAGCUGGUAGAUGUAUGCAGAUAUAGGCGAAUGACUUUGGCACUGAAGUGGAUGGGAAUGCAUGCAUUGGUAAUUUAUGUCAUUGCAGCCUGCAAUAUCUUGCCUGUUGUCCUUCAGGGAUUUUACUGGAAGGAGCCUCAGAAUAAUCUUCUUAGAUUAAUUGGAAUUGGAAGAUGAGUGCACAAGACACGAGUACUGGUGAAUUUUAUCACUGAAGAUACGGAAAACUCUCUGCUCCUGCCUUAUCCGCAGAUCCGCCCCUUACCACAUUGCAUUGUUCAGGGUUGGUUAGAUGCAGUAAAAGAAUUCUCAGUUCUCUCUGUAUUUGAUGUAUUCAAAAUCGAGAAUCUCAAGGUCUUAAUUCAUCAGCAUAUAUGCUCAAGUGACUAAAGUACUGUAAUACAGAUACAAUAUUCUAUAUCAUUAUUCUAAAUUAAAUUUACUUUUCGCAA